GUUUGCUGGCCUGAAUCUACUUCUAUAAACAACCUCUGGAGUUUGGAGCUGCUGAAUAAACCAGCCUCCAUGAUGUCAGGUACCUGUGGGGCUGAGGAGUUGGAGAGGAUAUCAGAGGAGAUGAAGUGGCGCGCACUAGAACGCAAACAAUUUUGUGAUGAAAACCAAGAGAUGCGCUUACUCAAUGAGCUCAGGACCCGUAUCGAAUUUGUAAGCCGAGCAGAAAGUGAUAUGUAUCAGAAUGAGAUCGAAUGCAUUGAGGACAGACUGACCCCUGAAAGGAGGGGGGAGCGCCAACAAAACCAGGAUAAGAUCCUUGAUAUCCAGGAACAUAGAGCACCCACAGUGAUUCUGGACAUUGAAAAACUUCCUGCAUGUCCAGCUAAAACGCAGUGUCCUGAAUGCAGAGGGUUCAUCACCACAGAGACUGUGACCUCUGUCAGCAGUUUAAACUGGUUGAUAUGUGCCAUCACUGCCAUGAUCGGCUGCGUGGCCGGUUGCUGCUUGGUUCCUCUCUGCAUGGAUAGGUUCAAAAAAGUCACCCACAUGUGUCCCAAGUGUCAAACUUCCAUCCACACAGUUAAAAGGCUCUAA